AGGCAUGGGAGGAGGAAGUGGUGGUAGCGGAGGAAGUGGCGGAUUCGGAGGAAGUAGUGGAUUCGGCGGAAGUGGAGGUUUCGGUGGAAGUGGUGGAUUCGGGGGCAAAGGGGGAUUUGGUGGUGUGAGUGGAGGCAGUAGUGGAGGAUUCGGAGGAAGUGGUGGAUUCGGUGGUGGUGCUGCCGGUAAAGGCGGAAGCUUUGGAGGAAGCGGUGGAUUUGGAGGAAUGAGCGGCGGUGGAUUUGGCGGUAGCGGAGGAUUCGGCGGUAUGAGUGGAGGAGGGUUAGGAGGAAAAGGUGGAUUCGGAGGAAUGAGCGGUGGUGGAAGUGGUGGAUUUGGAGGAAGCGGAGGCUUUGGAGGAAGUAGUGGAUUUGGAGGAAAAGGUGGAUUCGGAGGAAUGAGCGGUGGCGGAAGUGGUGGAUUUGGAAGCAGCGGAGGCUUUGGAGGAAGUGGUGGAUUUGGAGGAAGCGGAGGCUUUGGCGGAAGUAGUGGCUUUGGAGGAAAAGGUGGAUUCGGAGGAAUGAGCGGUGGCGGAAGUGGUGGAUUUGGAGGAGUGAGCGGCGGUGGAUCUGGAGGUAGCGGAGGUUUUGGAGGAAGCAGUGGAUUUGGAGGAAAAGGUGGAUUCGGAGGAAUGAGCGGUGGCGGAAGUGGUGGAUUUGGAGGAGUGAGCGGCGGUGGAUCUGGAGGUAGCGGAGGUUUUGGAGGAAGCAGUGGAUUUGGAGGAAAAGGUGGAUUCGGAGGAAUGGGUAGUGGAGGAAGUGGUGGAUUUGGAGGAGUGAGCGGCGGUGGAUCCGGAGGUAGCGGAGGUUUUGGUGGAAGUGGGGGAGCAAAAUACUAAGAAGAGACUAAUCGACAGAAAAAAUCGAUGAUGCAUUGUUAAUUCAAAAUUAGCCAAAUAAAU